UUUUUUUUUUUUUUUUCCGGUUUGCAAGAGGAAGAAACUUGAGUUUGAUGAGUAGCAGCGCCUUUUUCUUUUUUCCCCCUUCGGCUGGGAAGUCACUUGGUUAAGACAAUUAAAAAAAAAAACCAAAAAACAAGACAACAACAAACCCAACUUGUCUUCCAGAAGGUGAUCUUGUAAUGGCUUCCACUCCCCAAGUAGGCCAAGUCGGGCAGCACAAUGCUCCGAAAGUUGCUGCUGCUGGUGCUGUUGUAUUAUCACAAUUAUGGCUACCCAAGUGAUGGGGCAGUCUUCUGGAGGCGGAGGUCUGUUCACCAGCAGUGGUAACAUGGGCAUGGCCUUAACUAACGACAUGUAUGACUUGCAUGACCUCUCCAAAGCUGAGCUGGCUGCCCCUCAGCUUAUCAUGUUAGCGAACGUAGCCUUAACGGGCGAAGUAAAUGGCAGCUGCUGUGAUUAUCUGGUUGGAGAAGAGAGACAGAUGGCGGAAUUGAUGCCUGUUGGGGAUAACAACUUUUCAGAUAGUGACGGGGAAGGACUUGAGGAAUCUACUGAAAUGAAAGGUGAAGCUGGUGGGCUAGGAAGCAUGGAACUGACAAGUAUGGAGCUCAGUGUUGCAGAAGCACAGCCUGUCUUUGAGGCCUCGUCAGCUGCCCCCGAAGUCUACAGCUCCACUAAAGAUCUUCCUCCUGAAACGCCUGGAGCGGAGGACAAGUGCAAGAACUCGAAGAGCAAACCCUUUCGCUGUAAGCCGUGCCAGUAUGAAGCAGAAUCUGAGGAGCAGUUUGUGCACCAUAUCAAAGUUCACAGUGCCAAGAAGUUCUUUGUGGAAGAAAGUGCAGAGAAGCAAGCCAAAGCCAGGGAAUCUGGCUCUUCCACUCCAGAGGAGGGAGAUUUCUCCAAGGGCCCCAUCCGCUGUGAGCGCUGCGGCUAUAAUACCAAUCGAUACGAUCACUAUACUGCACACUUGAAACACCACACUCGGGCGGGGGAUAAUGAGCGAGUCUACAAGUGCAUCAUUUGUACUUACACGACCGUAAGCGAGUAUCACUGGAGGAAACACUUAAGAAACCAUUUCCCAAGGAAAGUGUACACGUGUGGCAAAUGCAACUACUUUUCCGACAGAAAAAACAAUUAUGUCCAACAUGUUCGGACUCAUACAGGGGAACGUCCAUAUAAAUGUGAACUUUGUCCAUAUUCAAGUUCUCAGAAGACUCAUCUAACCAGACACAUGCGUACUCAUUCAGGUGAGAAGCCAUUUAAAUGUGAUCAGUGCAGUUACGUGGCCUCUAAUCAACAUGAAGUUACCCGCCACGCAAGACAGGUUCACAAUGGGCCUAAACCUCUCAAUUGCCCUCACUGUGAUUACAAAACAGCGGAUAGAAGCAACUUCAAAAAACACGUGGAGCUCCAUGUGAACCCACGGCAGUUCAAUUGUCCUGUAUGUGACUACGCCGCUUCCAAGAAAUGCAACUUACAGUACCAUUUCAAAUCAAAGCACCCUACGUGUCCCAGCAAGACGAUGGACGUCUCCAAAGUGAAACUAAAGAAAACCAAAAAGCGAGAGGCUGACCUGACUGAUGAGAGUAACGUCACCAAUGAGAAACCAGAAGCCGAGCAGACAAAAGCCAAGGGAGAGGUGGCGGGAAAGAAAAACGAAAAGCCUGUCAAGGUGGAGAAGAAAGAGAAGAAGCCCCCGAGCCAUGUCCCCGCGGGCCACGUCUCCACGAGAACUCGCAAGUCCGCCACAGAGAAGAGAGAAGCGGCCGUGCACCCGGGACACAACGUGGACAAAGCUUGCAGGAGCAAGAAGAGCAAGAGGAAGCUGGAAGCCGAAGCCCAGGGCGCGCGGGGCCCGGGGAGGCGGGAGGAGCCCGCCGCCAAAAAGAAGAGGAAGGCGGCGGAGAGCAGAUCGCCCAGCAGCCCCGCAGCGGCCCGGGGCCACGGCAGCGCGGAGAGGAGGGAGGAGAAGCAGCCGCCAAAGAGCUGCUCCAGAAGGAGCUCCAAGAAGAAGGCUCUGCAAAACAAGCCAAGUAAAAAGAGCAAGGGGGCCCGGAAGGAGGCCGCCCGCCAGGCUGCCCCCGAGGGGCCCGCUCCCAGAGACGCCCCUGAGGCCGGGCCUGCCCCGCCCGCGCCCCCCCAGACCCAGACGCCCAUGGAGCUGUCUCCUCCCGCCGAGCCUGCCCAGGAGCCUGCCCACACCGAGGUGGCCCAGGAGGGGGCUGCCCCGAUGGAAGUGCCUCCUCCCACCGAGCCUGCCCAGGAGGGGGCUGCCCCAAUGGAAGUGCCUCCUCCCACCGAGCCUGCCCACACCAAGGUGGCCCAGGAGGGGGCUGCCCCAAUGGAAGUGCCUCCUCCCACCGAGCCUGCCCACAUGGAGGUGGCCCAGGAGGGGGCUGCCCAGACGGAAGUGCCUCUUCCCACCGAGCCUGCCCACAUGGAGGUGGCCCAGGAGGGGGCUGCCCAGACGGAAGUGCCUCCUCCCACCGAGCCUGCCCACGUGGAGGUGGCCCAGGAGGGGGCUGCCCAGAUGGAGCUGCCUCUUCCCACCGAGCCUGCCCACACCGAGGUGGCCCAGGAGGGGGUUGCCCACAUGGAGCUGCCUCCUCCCACCGAGCCUGCCCACACCGAGGUGGCCCAGGAGGGGGCUGCCCAGACAGAAGUGCCUCUCCCCACGGAGCCUGAUCAUGAUCAGGAGGUGACUCCACACGAGCCUGCUCCCGCGGGGCCCGAACAGAUGGAGGUUGCUGUUCAGGAGUCGGCUCAGACAGAGCCUCUUCACCCCAUCGAGCCGCCUCUCCAGAUGGAGGCAGUUCCCAAAAGGUCAUCGCCCAGAAAAGACAGUAAAAAGGAGCAGUCCCCUCUUGAGAGCGAGCUGGCGCGGCAGGAGCAAGUCCUGAUGGAGGUGGGCUUGGUGCCCGUUAGAGGAAGCCACCUCGGAAAGGACAGCGCAAGCGCGCGCGCCCGCUCACCUCCACCUCCCCCUCCGCAGGAAGAGGCGGAAGGCCCAGGACACCGAGAUGGCCCCCGGGAAGGAGGACCAGAAGAGGCCGGGAGGAGUCCAGCCCAUCUCGCCGCUCGCAAGGAGUCUAGCAGUGCUUCGUCCAGCGAACAAAACUUGAAUGUGCCAGGCAGUGAAACUCCCGAUGACAAAUACCAGUGUGACUCGGCUGCCACGUGCGGGAAGGCAGCGAGCACGGAACUGAACGCCGCAGAGAAGGACCCUGGGAAAGACCCAGCCGGGGAGGAGCCACUGCUGCUUCCACCAGGGGGAGAGCGCCAGGCAGUGCCCCAGACCGCGCCGGCCUCGCCCCCCGUCACUGCGGCCGGAAGCGAUUCUCAGGAAAUGGAUGAAGACGAGGGCAUCCACAGCCACGACGGAAGUGACCUCAGUGACAACAUGUCUGAAGGGAGCGACGACUCCGGAUUGCACGGGGCUCGGCCUGCUCCCCAAGAAAGCAGUACAAAAAGUCCAAAGGAGGCGUUGGCAGGCAAAGCGGCCGAGGGAGAUUUUGUCUGUAUCUUCUGUGAUCGUUCUUUCAGAAAGGAGAAGGAUUACAGCAAACACCUCAAUCGCCAUUUGGUUAAUGUGUACUUCCUUGAAAAAGCAGCUAAAGGGCAAGAGUAAUUAAACUUUGGACAAGGUUGUAUUUGUUAGCAAGAGCUUGCUUUUUUUUUUUUUUUAAAUUCGUUUAUGGGAGUAGGCAAA